GGGACGAACACCGCCUCCAUUUUGGUCUCGUGUGUAUGUUUGUGCAACCGUUGAUGUAAACUGGAGGUACAGAAGGAUACAACGCAGAGGCAUUAUAUAUACAGAAAUGGACGGGAUCGGCGAUGUUGCGGUUGGAGUGAAGAGAGGAUCAGAUGAGCUGAGUCUGUACAACAGUCCCAACUCUGGCCUGAGCAGUAUGAGCGAUGGGAGUUCCAGUGGCAGUGACAGUAAAAAGCUGAGGGUGGAGGAGGCACCGCCAUCGCGUGUGCUUCACAUCAGAAAGUUGCCCAACGAAGCCUCAGAAACUGAAAUCAUUGCUCUUGGCUUACCUUUCGGAAAAGUCACCAAUAUCCUUACGCUGAAGGGAAAGAACCAAGCUUUUUUGGAGAUGGGCACCGAGGAUGCCGCCGUCACGAUGGUGAACUACUACACCACCGUCAAUCCUCACAUUCGCAACGUCCCCGUCUUUAUUCAAUACUCAAAUCACAAGGAGCUCAAAACCGAUGCCGGCAAUCAGCGGACCCAGGCGGUGCUGCAGGCGGUUUCAGCCGUUCAGUCGGGCGGCUCGCCUGCCGCGGAUGUCCAGGAAAUCCUUGCCAGCGCCUCCAGUCCAGUACUGCGGAUCAUCAUCGACAAUAUGUUCUACCCGGUAACACUGGAUGUGCUCCAACAGAUUUUUUCCAAGUUUGGUACCGUCAUGAAGAUCAUCACGUUCACCAAGAACAACCAGUUCCAGGCCCUUUUGCAGUUCAGCGAACCUGUCAAUGCGCAGCAGGCCAAACUGGCACUGGACGGUCAGAAUAUCUACAAUGCCUGCUGCACGCUGCGGAUCGACUUCUCCAAGCUCGUCAACUUAAACGUCAAGUAUAACAACGAUAAGAGUCGGGAUUACACGCGGCCGGAGCUGCCGGCCGGCGACGGUCAACCCACCAUGGACCCCGCCGUCGCCGUGGCUCUCAGCAAAGACAACUCCCUCCUCGGUAAGAUUCCAGGAGCCCUGAACCCGCUCAGCGCGGCGGCGGUGGCCGCUGCCGCUGCGGGGAGGGUGGCGCUGGCUGGACAGACGGGCUCCAGCGGGGUGCUCUUGGUCAGCAAUCUCAAUGAAGAGAUGGUUACGCCCCAAAGUCUGUUUACCCUCUUCGGCGUCUAUGGCGAUGUCCAGAGGGUGAAAAUUCUGUACAAUAAGAAAGACAGCGCUCUCAUCCAGAUGUCAGACGCCAACCAGGCUCAGUUAGCCAUGAGCCACUUGAACGGCCAAAAGAUGUACGGGAAAAUUAUCCGGGCAACCCUGUCCAAACACCAGACGGUGGCAUUGCCUCGCGACGGCCUGGACGACCAGGGCUUGACCAAGGACUACGCCAACUCUCCCCUUCAUCGCUUCAAGAAACCCGGAUCCAAGAACUUCCAAAACAUAUUCCCGCCCUCCGCCACCCUCCACCUCUCCAACAUCCCGCAAGAUGUAACGGAGGACGACCUGCGACUGCUCUUCUCAAACGCCGGCGGCACAGUGAAAGCAUUUAAGUUUUUCCAGGAUCGCAAAAUGGCCCUGAUCCAGAUGUCAACAGUCGAAGAGUCCGUCCAAGCUUUGAUUGACCUUCACAACUACAACAUGGGAUGCAACCAACACCUACGAGUUUCCUUCUCAAAGUCCACCAUUUAAAACGAAAAAAAAAAAAGACGGGACCCAAAUUCCACUCGGUUUUCACGAGCUAUGUUGACCUUUGUCACGUUGGUCAAAAAUUAGGGAUGUUGCUGUUGACGCUCGUUGGUCAGCUGUCCUCAAUACCUCGGGAAGAUAUUGACAUUGAUUGUCAUCCCGUAUGAUAGUUUGAUGUAGAGCGAGCAGCAAUUAUUUCUUAAUGUCGACAAAAAAAAAAACCCUGAAAAUACACGUGCCUUAUUUAAUAUGGGCUGUCCACAGCCGCCCCCCCCCCCCCCCCUCGUAUGCUGUGUAAUCUCAUGGAUGUACCUUAAAAUGUCGUGGGUUUCUUUCGAGCGUUGUCGCUGAACUGCCAGAUUUUUCACUCUGGAUCGUUUCCACUUUGAGGAGUCACAGCCAGAUAUCGAAGGAGUGUUUCCAAAAUUGCAACGCCGCUCUCCAGCCAACAGCAGAAUUUGCUUGGGCCUGAGCUUCUUCCCACGGGCCCCUUCCACAUCAAAUAAAUUAGUUUUUUUUCUUCCCCUUUAGAUUCGGCCUUACUUUUUUACUUUGACAGCGUGCUUUUGGUGACGUAUCACAAUGUGGCGUUGCAUUUUUAUCUAUUUUUUUUUCCAGGCUGGUUUUCGAACAUCCAUUGUCCUUUGCAUCGCAGUACAGCGUGAUUGCCAAUGGCAUUUAUUUGCUUUGAAACUGUUUUUGGGUUACAAAACAGGUUACUUGAGACUUCUACUCAGUUGGACCAAAGUUUCUGUGCCUUAAGUAUUCCUGUAAGAAAAAAAAAAUGCAUUUGUAGAAAACUGUCCUCAGUUUCAAGCAUUCCUAAAUUUAAGAUCCAUGGAAACUAUUGUCUCGAAAUGGUCA